AAUUGUGAAAAUGUGCUGAAGGGGGACAGAGAAUCUCUAUCAAGAGUACAUAUAUAUAACCUGAAAUCUAAGAGGAAAAGGAUAUUAUUAACUGAAAAGGAUUAUCUGAAUUUUACCAGUGACUGUGAACGCUAUAAAGCAAAGAGAAAAUUCCUUCCAUUUACGAUGAGCAAAGAAGAAGCUGAAUUUCCCAUUGCCUAUUCCAUGGUGGUUCACGAGAAGAUUGAAAUGCUAGAACGGCUUCUGAGAGCAAUUUAUUCUCCUCACAAUAUUUACUGCAUUCAUGUGGAUGCUAAGUCUCCAGAUAGCUUUAAGGAUGCAGUGAGAGCCAUCACGAACUGCUUCAACAAUGUUUUUGUGGCUUCUAAACUGGAAAAAGUGGUCUAUGGAUCAUGGUUCCGGGUGCAGGCUGACCUUAACUGUAUGGAGGAUCUUCUGGAGAGCAAGGUUCAGUGGAAAUAUCUCAUUAACACAUGUGGAACAGACUUCCCACUGAAAACAAAUGCUGAGAUUGUACAAACUCUGAAAUUACUAAAGGGAAGAAACAGUGUGCAAUCCAUGGAACCUAGAGCGAUCAAAAAGUCAAGAUGGUUUUUUCAUCAUGAAAUAGGUGAAUCUAUUGUUAGAACCAAUGUCCAGAAAAGCAUACCCCCAGUCAAUAUUCAAAUGUUCAGUGGCAGCACCUUUUUUGUUGUGAGCAGGGGAUUUGUUCAGUACAUCUUUGCAAACAAAAAAAUUCUAGAAUUCUUUGAGUGGUCAAGGGAUACAUAUAAACCAGAUGAGCAUAUAUGGGCAACUGUGAAUCGUCUACCUGGGGUACCGGGAUCUGUUCCUCAUAACCCUAAGUAUGGUACUACAGAUAUGAAUUCUAUUGCUAGGCUUAUAAAAAUGCUAAGAUAUGAAGGAAGUAUAGAAAGGGGUGCACCAUAUCCAGCAUGCUCAGGGUCUCGUCACGGCUCAAUCUGUAUUUUUGGAUCUGGAGAUCUACAGUGGUUGAUCCAGCAGCAACACUUCCUAGCCCACAGAUUUGACCCCAUGGUUGAUGAGCCCGCAAUUCAGUGUUUGGAGCAGUAUUUAAGAAAUAAAACUCUGUACGGAAAGUAA